GCCCCAAAUACCAACUGCCCUUCCUCUUCACGGCAUACUUCCCACAAAAAUACUUGCUGUGCUGAGUUCUGCGUGCUGAUUGGUCAGCCCUUCUUGGUCAUCUUAGCCCCAUAAGGAAGCAAAGAGGGUUGAAGAAGACUACCAAGCAGCGGCAGCAAACCCUGUCUUUCAAGAAUAAGGGAUUACUUCUAUUGUUGGAGAUUCAUCCCCUAAUAGCUUAUUUAUUGUUUUGCUCAGGAAUGACAUUAAAGGGCAGUUUAGUUCAAAAGAUAGGUAAUGCAAUUAUGGAAGUCGCAAGGAACAAAGGCUCAACAUGGUGGUACACACCUCACAUGGCUGCAGCAUCUCGUGCCAUAACCGAACGGGUCCCAUUGGUUGAUAUUCUCCUUGAAGUCAGAGAUGCUCGGAUUCCUUUAUCAUCAGCAUGUGAGCUAAUUAAGCAUCAUUCGCCUUCCUCGAGGCGCAUUAUAAUUCUGAACAAGACAGAUUUAGCAAAUCAAAUUCAAUUAAAGGAAUGGCUGAAAUACUUUGAGGAACAAAAGUCUCUUGUUUUUGGAGUCAAUUCCCAUAAUAAGGAUAACAUCAAAGAGUUACUGAACUUUCUGCGAGCCAGAGUUCGAGAAUUAUCAAAGAUUGGUCAUGGGGAUCAGACAAUCACAUUAAUGCUUGUUGGCAUUCCUAAUGUUGGGAAGUCUGCCCUUGCCAACUCAUUGCAUCAAAUUGGAAGGAUCAGUGCAGCAGAGAAAGGAAGACUAAAGCAUGCCAUAGUGAGUCCUCAUCCAGGAGAGACAAAAAAUAUUAGCGGAUUGAAGAUCGCUAGCCAUCCUAGUAUUUAUGUGUUAGACACCCCUGGUGUUUUCCCGGCUGAGAUUCUCGAUGCAGAGGUGUGCUCCAAUCUAGCUUUAACAGGUGCUAUCAGAGAUUGCUUGGUCGGGGAAGUGGAUCUUGCGGAAUAUUUUCUAUCCAUCUUUAACGUGAGUAAUGAAUAUAAGAAAUGGGCCAACUUGUCAUUAUCAGGCGCUGAUGAUUGUUCCGAGUUAGAGAGAAAACAGAAGAGACAAUAUUUAACAGAUCACACACAGGACUUCAUUGUGAACAAAGUUCGAAGAACGCUUUUUGAAGCAGUUUCGUCUUUCAAUGGCAAUCUACACGAUGAGGAAAUUAUGUCACGGCUCAUCAAAACAGAGUUUGCUGUUCUUCGCGAUGCUUUUAAUUUACCUCCUGAUUCGGAUGAUUAUGUUCAUAAAGUGGCUGCUAAGUUACUUAAUCUGUAUCGUACUGGAAGGCUUGGUCAUUAUACUCUAGACCUUGCUCCAAAUAAUAACUAAGGAGAAGUCUUAUACGCGAGUCAUGACAGUCUUGGUUGAGGUGUCUAAAUGAAAGACGUGACAACUUGAGGGGACUGUCUAUGUAUUCGACUACUUUGGUUUGAGAAUUGUAAUGGAUGGGUAACCUGAUAAGAUAAUAUACAAGUCAGCUAUGGAAAUGGCUUCUGUUGUGGAUGCUCCGAUUGUGUUGCUAUAGGGGACUCCCUUCACUGUGAUAUCAAAGGCGCAAAUGCAGCUGGAAUUGCAUCAGCGUUUAUCACAGGCUGAAUACAUGCUGCUGAACUUGGACUUGGCAAUUUUGGGUAAGUCAGGGAUGAUGGUACUGUUGUACAUACUCUUGCCUUGAAAAACAAUGCAUAUCCUACAUAUGUACUCCCUCCAUUUACAUGGUGAAGAAUGCAGUAUUCACUUUGUACCUCUUUUGGUUUUGGUGUUAACCAUUGUGCUUUAUCUUGAACCAUUUUAUCUUGGUGGAAUACAAGGAUUGUUAUGAUCAAGUUUUAAAUUA